UCCAUAGCUGAGUUGGCAAAUGUCCGCUCACGUAGGCCGUUAACUGCCAAGGUGGCAGAGAACAGAAACCACGUCGUUUCGGUAGAAACCCAUUUUCCUCAGCUCCCCCAACACUACUCCCCCUAUUCACCAUAAACGCUCCAAGAAACCCACCAUCGCCUUUGCUCACUCCCACAACCAUUCCAGAGCGCUUCAUCAUCUUCUUCUGUCUCGGCUUUCAAGGGCUCUAGCGCUUCAUCAUCUUCUUCUGUCUCGGCUUUCAAGGGCUCUAGUUGAUACUGUGUCAUCUGGGUCUAUGCAACAUGCACUCUUCCUGUUCGACAAAAUGUCUCACUCUUCCUGUGUCAUCUCGGUUUUUAUAAUUUAUGGGGAAGAGAAGUGCAUUGCUAUGCGCUCAAGAUGGGUUUUGAAUCAGAUGUUAUGGUCCAGAACAUGGAAUGCCAUGAUUGCUGCAUAUGUGCAGAAUGAUUGGUACAUGAAGGCCUUAAAGCUAUUUGAAGAACUUUUGAGUGGGUAUCUUAAACUGGAUACAGUUACUAUCGCAAGCAUCCUUCCUGCCUAUGCAAAUUUAGCAUCAUUAAGGGAGUGCAGACAAAUUCAUGGUUAUAUCAUGAAAUUGAAUUUUCACUUGAAUACUUUUGUUUCAAAUGCAAUUAUGCAUAUGUAUGCAAGUUGUGGAGAUUUAGCGUUAGCAUGCAGGAUUUUUCGUGGAAUGGCUUGUAGAGAUAUAAUAUCAUGGAACACCAUCAUAACGGCUUAUGCAAUUCAUGGUAUGGGGAGAAUGUCUAUUGAACUAUUUUCCGAGAUGAAGAGUAGAGGAAUUGAGCCUAAUGAUAGCACCUUUGUUUUCCUGUUAUCUGCUUGUAGCAAUUCUGGCCUGGUAAACGAAGGUUGGGCAUACUAUAACUCGAUGAAAUUAGGGUUUAUCUACUCUAAGGACUAAUUUGACGACUUAAACAAGACUUAUCUUGUCAUCAACAACAUGCUACAGCCUGACAUUUUUCACCUUGGCAGUUAACGGUCCACAUCAGCGGACGUUUGCCAACUCAGCUACGGAGAUGACGAAAGGACGAACGUGAUCAGAGUUGGUAUCAAGUUACCCACUGUGGAAGUGAGGUACCAAAAUCUUACUAUAGAAGCGGAGUGUCAGGUUGUUAAGGGCAAGCCGAUACCAACUUUGUGGAACACCCUUAAGGGGUGGAUCAUUGAUGCAAGUAAAUUGUUAAUCCUACGAUCUCGAAAAUCCCGGAUAAGUAUAAUCAAAGAUGCCAAUGGCAUUAUUAAGCCUGGAAGGAUGGCCUUAUUGCUUGGCCCUCCAGGAAGUGGUAAAACAACACUAUUGUUGGCUCUGGCAGGGAGACUUGACCAUUCUCUCAAGGUAAAAGGGGAAAUUUCUUACAAUGGACACCCACUAGAAGAAUUCAUUCCUCAAAAAUCCUCGGCUUAUGUAAGCCAAUAUGAUCUACAUAUUCCAGAGAUGACAGUUAGGGAAACACUUGAUUUCUCUGCACGUUGUCAGGGUGUAGGAAUCAAAGAUGAGCUUCUGAAGGAAGUAAGCAGAAGAGAGAAAAAAGCAGGAAUAAUGCCGGACCAUGAUUUGGAUGCAUAUAUGAAGGCGACAUCAGUGAAGGGACUGAAGAGCACUCUUCAGACAGACUACAUUUUAAAGAUCCUUGGUCUCGAUGUCUGUGCUGACACAUUGGUUGGAGAUCCUAUAAGAAGAGGCGUAUCUGGUGGUCAAAAGAAAAGGGUAACUACAGGAGAAAUGAUUGUUGGACCAACAAGAGCUCUCUUUAUGGAUGAAAUAUCCAAUGGCUUAGACAGUUCCACUACUUUCCAAAUAAUCUCCUGUCUUCAGCAUAUGGUGCAUAUCACAGAUGCAACUGCUUUGAUUUCGCUCCUUCAGCCAGCACCAGAGACCUUUGAUCUCUUUGAUGACAUUGUCCUAAUGGCAGAAGGGAAAAUCGUGUACCACGGUCCACGUGAUUGUAUAGUUGAGUUCUUCGAGGACUGUGGGUUCCAGUGUCCACCACGAAAAGGCACUGCUGACUUUCUUCAAGAGGUUAUCUCUAGAAACGAUCAAGCACAGUAUUGGAGCAGAUCAGAAGAACCUUACAUCUAUGUUACUACUGAACAGUUCAUUGAGAAGUUUAAGCAUAGUUCAUUUGGCAAAAAGCUGGAGGAGGAGAUCUCAAAGCCAUUUGACAAGUCUCAGAGCCAUAAGAAUGCUCUCGCCUUUAGAAAAUACUCGUUAACAAAGUGGGAAUUGUUUAAGGCUUGCAUAAUGAGGGAGUUUCUUCUGAUGAAAAGGAAUUCUUUUGUCUAUGUAUUCAAGUCAACGCAGCUUGUGAUCGUUGCAUCCAUAGGAAUGACUGUUUUCAUUCGGACACGAAUGUAUGUUGAUGCACUUCAUGGGAAUUAUUUCAUGGGGUCAUUAUUCUAUUCACUCAUCAUACUUUUGACUGAUGGAUAUCCAGAACUUUCUAUGACAAUAUCAAGACUUUCAGUGUUCUACAAACAGAAAGAGUUGUGCUUUUAUCCUGCUUGGGCCUAUUCAAUCCCUUCAGCUGUUCUCAAGAUUCCACUUUCAUUGUUGGAAUCUUUCAUUUGGACUGCACUUACUUAUUAUGUUAUUGGUUACAGCCCUGAGGUUGGCAGGUUCUUUCGCCAAUUCCUCCUCCUAUUCACUUUACACAUGUCAUCAAUAUCGAUGUUUCGAUUUAUUGCCUCAGUUUUCCAAAAUGUGGCUGCUGCUAUGACAGCUGGAACUGUGGCCAUACUAUAUGCUUUACUAUUUGGUGGCGUCGUCCUCCCAAAGCCCUAUAUGCCAUCUUGGUUGCGUUGGGGAUUUUGGAUAUCUCCUUUGUCAUAUGGAGAGCUGGCUGUGACGGUGAAUGAAUUUCUUGCUCCUAGGUGGCAAAAGAUGUCUGCAAACACAACAUUGGGUCACCAAAUAAUGGAAAGUCGUGGUCUCAACUUUGAUGGCUACUUUUACUGGAUAUCCGUUGGUGCCUUACUUGGGCUCACUGUUCUGUUUAACACAGCUUUUACAUUGGUCUUGUCUUUCUUCAAGGUUCCUUCACGUUCUCGCGCUCUUAUAUCUUCCGACAAGCAUUCAGAGUUACAAGGAAAUCAAGAAAACAAUGGUAACUUUGCCGGAAACAUCACUCCAGUUGAAAGUACAACAGAACCAGAAAAAGGUCAGCACUCAGGAGGAAUGGUUCUGCCUUUCCAACCACUAACAUUAGCAUUCCGUGGUGUGCAGUACUAUGUUGACCCUCCUAUGGAAAUGAGAAACCAAGGAUUUAGUAAAAAGCAGCUUCAGCUUCUUUGUGACGUUACAGGUUCAUUGAGACCAGGCAUAUUAACAGCACUGAUGGGAGUCAGUGGUGCGGGGAAAACAACUUUAUUGGAUGUUCUUUGUGGAAGAAAAACAGGUGGUACUAUAAAAGGGGAUAUUAGAAUCGGUGGCUAUCAAAAGGUUCAAGAAACAUUUGCAAGGAUCUCAGGUUACUGCGAACAAAAUGACAUUCAUUCUCCGAAUAUAACAGUAGAAGAAUCCGUGAUGUUUUCUGCUUGGCUUCGGCUUCCUCCUCAGAUUGAUGCAAUAACUAAAUCUGAAUUUGUAAAGGAAGUCCUUCAUACUAUUGAGCUGGAUCAGAUCAAAGAUUCCUUAGUAGGCUUGCCAAAUGUUAGUGGAUUGUCUACCGAGCAAAGAAAACGGCUAACCAUAGCCAUUGAGCUUGUUGCUAAUCCUUCAAUCAUAUUUAUGGAUGAACCAACUUCGGGUCUAGAUGCAAGGGCAGCUGCAGUUGUUAUGAGAGCAGUGAAGAAUGUUGUUAGAACAGGAAGAACUGUCGCAUGCACCAUUCACCAGCCUAGUAUUGAUAUAUUCGAGUCAUUUGAUGAGCUAAUUCUCAUGAAAACUGGGGGACGCAUCAUCUACUCUGGCCCACUUGGUCAGAACUCAAGUCAGGUUAUUGAAUACUUUGAGAGUAUACCACGGGUGCCAAAGAUUAAAGACAACUAUAAUCCGUCAACAUGGAUGCUAGAGGUAACUUCAGGUUCUGCAGAAGUUGAAAUUGGAGUAGAUUUUGCCCAAAUUUAUAGGGAGUCAACUUUAUAUGAGCAGAACAAAGAGUUAGUUGAACAAUUAAGUUCACCAGCUCCUGGUUCCAAAGACUUGCAUUUUCCUUCUCAUUUCCCACAAAAUGGUUGGGAACAGUUUAAAGCAUGCUUAUGGAAACAACAUUUGUCAUACUGGAGAAGCCCUUCAUACAACUUGAUGCGCAUAAAUUUUGUGAUUGCUGCAUCCCUUCUGUUUGGGAUACUAUUCUGGAAGAAAGGAAAGAACAUAGACAACCAGCAGGACUUGUUCAAUGUAUUUGGUUCAAUGUUCAUUGCUGCUUUAAUCUUUGGGAUAAAUAACUGCACAUCAGUUUUGUCGAUUGUGGCAACAGAGCGCAUUGUUUUGUAUCGCGAAAAAUUUGCUGGAAUGUACUCUCCGUGGGCCUAUUCAUUUGCACAGGUGAUAAUUGAGGUUCCCUAUUUGUUGACUCAAGCUGUCUUAUAUGUCAUAAUCACAUACCCUAUGAUCGGGUACCAUUGGUCUGCAUACAAAAUAUUUUGGUCAUUGUACAGCAUGUUCUGCAACCUGCUAUACUUCAAUUACCUAGGAAUGUUCAUUGUUUCAUUCACACCAAAUGUUCAAGUUGCUUCCAUUGUGUGUUCUUCUGCUUACACCAUGCUCACUUUGUUUUCUGGAUUCAUUGUGCCACGUCUGCAAAUUCCAAAGUGGUGGAUUUGGAUGUAUUAUCUAUGCCCCACGUCGUGGGCACUGAAUGGGUUGCUUACUUCACAAUAUGGAGAUAUAAACAGAGAGAUAUCAGUAACAGCCUUUACAGAUGCAAAAACCAGAACAAUUGCUGAAUUUUUAAGAGACUACUAUGGUUUUCACCAUGAUUUGUUAGGUGUAACUGGUGCACUUCUCAUUGUAUUCCCUGUUAUAUUUGCCCUUCUAUUUGCAUACUGCAUUGGACACCUCAACUUCUUAAGGAGGUAAAAUCGUUUUGUAAAGAGUGCCCCUAUAGAACCUUCAUGUCACAAUAUGUAAAUCAUUUGAUCAAUAAAAUCUUAUUCUUGUGUUUCUGA